AUGAGCACUUUCAAGACUCCGGCUUCUGAGCUUCAAGCAAGCGUCAAGAGGCACCCAGAUCUAGCACUAUUCAAGAUCCCAGAGCAAUCGCCCGAGGGCACAAAGUUCAAAGAUGUUUCCUUUGCUCAGUUUGAGAAGGACGUCAAACAGGCGGCAAAGUAUUGGAAGGAUCAGCUUUCUACCCUAGGCGUUCAAGACAGGGCUGUUGUUGGUGUCUGGUUGAGGGGUUAUGCCUACUCUGACAACGUCCAUAUACAGGGCCUCAACUGGGCAGGAUACAUCCCUCAGCUCUUAUCACUGCGCAUGACGGAUCCUACUGUCAUCUAUGAGCUCCUGCUGAAGUCCAAUUGUGUAGCUCUGUUACAUGAACCAGACAACACUUCUCUGCUGAAGGACAGUCCUCUGCCGACAUUCCCUGCUGGUGACAUCCAAUCCGAGACGGACGCAGCGCAACUACCAGCAACCCCUUGGCAUCCUAGUAAUGCCGAUGAUGAGCUCUUCAUCUAUCACACAUCUGGCUCAAUUUCAGGUAUACCAAAGUUAGUACCUAUUACUGCGCGCUGGAUGAACUACACCUUGGAUAUGUCAACAUUCUAUGAGCAAAGGUCGAACAAAAAGAGGGAGAGGAUGGUUAGUACCCACAUCGGAAGCUUCUGCCACCUGGCUGGAUCUGCCCUCAGCUGGAUCGCCGCGAAAGAGGGCUCAUGCAUUAUCAUCCCCAGCACACUUCCUGCCCCAGUCUCUGAAGUCCGCACAAUGCUUGAUGAGCAUGGCCUGACAUGUGUAUGCAUGUUCCCGCCUUCUCUAUCUGCCCUGUUCAGUGAAGCACGCAAAGAUCCAUCCCUUCUAGCCUCUCUCAAAAAGAUCGACAAUGCAGGUACUGGCGGCCUGAGUCUCGAUGCUACAGAUUUGGAGUGGGCUCGGAAGAACGAAAUUCCUAUGUUUAAUGUCUUUGGUUCCACGGAAAUGGGCCUUGCUAUGAUGACAGAUGCCAGGAAGAACGACGAUUACCUUGAAUCUACCCCUACUGCCAAAAACGAGUUCAUCCCUAUCGGAGAUACGCUGGCGUCUGGUGAGCAAUUACUUGAGCUAGUAGUGCCACCAGAUGCGCCCAACUGUCCAGUGCCUAGCUUUAGAGCUGCCGAUGGCAAGUUUCAUUCAGGGGACUUAUUCGUUGAGGUCAAGCCUGGCAAGUAUCUUUUCAGAGGACGUAACGACAACUGGAUCAAGAUGGAAGCUUCCCUGCGAUGCGAUACCAUGUCCAUCGAAGCUAACGUCAUGGAGACUUGUGGCAAUGAUCUUGUCAGCGCAGUGGUUGUCGUCGGUGUCGGGCGCCCAUGUCCUACUAUAAUUGUUGAGCCAAAGGACAAGUCUCUACUAAGCGCUAACGGUGCUGAUAAUGGGCAUUCGAUGCAGAAGUUGAAGGAGGAUAUUCUGAAAAGGAUCACUCCAUUUCAUAAGCGAAGGUAUACACAUGAGCGAGUCGAUGAUACGCGGUACAUAGUUGUCGUUCCUCAGGGGACCCUUCCGAGAACAGCUACAAAGGGAAAUGUGCGAAGGCAGGAGGUCGAGAAGGGAUUUCAGACGGUUCUGGAUGCUGUAUUCUAUGUGCCGCACUCCAUCGGCAAUAAGAAAUUACAAAAAUGGGGUAAAAUCCGGAGCUCUAAGUGGAAUAAAGUAGGCAGCACAAUUUCUCCCUACGAAAAAGGCGGAGAACAAACUCAAUUUCCUGACAAGUAUUGUGUCUCGCUAUUCGCCCUUGAUGUCUCGCGAAUCGCGGCUUACCAUCAAUCUAACUAGCCAACAAACUUGCAUGGGUACAGUCAGCCAGCUUGGCAGAUUUGCCCAAAUCGGCAACAGCCGAUAAUGAGGCAGAACUUAAAAUGCAGAAGGAUGGAGUCAUGUAAACGGAUCUCGGAAUUGUGAGUUCUAGAUAUCAUCAUUGCAUGGGUCCUUCGCUGGGAUAAGCUGGGUGUAUCGGAAUUAUUGGGGUCAUCCUGUCUGCCGACUCCGCCACGCAAUAUGGGCUUCUUCUUUCCUGGGCU